GGCGCAUACGGCAGACAGACAUCAGUCAGGCACACAGAGACACAGACAGACAGACAGCCUUACUUCCUGACAGACUACUUACUGAACUCAUUCAGUCGUCUCUCUUGUCUGUCUUGUCUUUUCUCUUCUUCCGCACAAACUGAUCCGAAGACUCAUACCCCGGCUGCAUGGCAUGGCAUGGCAUGGCAUGUGUGCAUCGCACGCAUCCGUCACACACACACGCACACGCACGAGGCGUUGCAUGUGUGUCUGUCUCUGUGUGUGUCUGUGCGUACCUCGAGGUUGAAGUCGAUGAGGUGUUCGUCACCCAUCUCUGCCCCACUAGACAGCACCAAGUCACACUCGUUGUUGCGCGCGAAACUCGCUGACAUAACGACGUGCCCACACAUAUGAUCGAUAUAAGCACUCAUAUGCACACAUAUCCCCGUGUGUGUGUGUGUGUGUGUGUGGCCACCGUACAUGGCCAGAAGUCGCUGCUGGGAAUGUCGUUGGGCAGCACCUGCAGUAUCUUGAGCGCAUCGGCCACCAGCUCAGAACAGAAAUACGUCUCGCUCUCACCCACUCCUACAAAGACGUACGUCUUCUCUUUGGGCAUGUCUCUCUCCACCACACACAGUCUGUAGUAUGUGGUGUGUCCAUUGCCUGUCCACCUGUCUGCUUUUCCCUUCUGAGCAACUUUGCGGUGGUAAUGAGAUACGGCUUGCCACAAGACGCCUUGACGAAGGCCUCGAGUGCGAGCAGCCGCUCGUUGGUGCGCUCGAAGGUCAGCCGACGGACUGCCAACCUGUGCGUCCAUUCGCGUGUGUGUGGAUGUCUCACUCAUCCACGAUUAGGUACUUACUUAGGGUAAAGGAGGUGCCACUUGUGGGCGAUAAAGUCACGCCAUGUGACCACACCCACACCCUGUAAGUAAUGCAUUACAUGUUGCACACAGACACACAUGAGUGAGUGUGUGUCUGGGUGUGUCUGUGUGUGUGUGCAUUUGUUUGUUUAUGCCUACCACCCCUCCCGCCGCCUCGAAGAACGCCAGCCGGCCAUCGGCAAAGCGCAACACCAGCGCCACAUGGUCGUAGUGAGACCCAGUGAUGGCUCUCUGAUUGCAGUGUCGUAUGAUAGAUACUGCCGACCCGUGCGUGGGACUCUGACUGCCUCUAAUGGCCCUGCUGACUGACUGACCUGUAUCUUUGCGGCCCUGUGUGUCGAGCAGAAGAGGAGAAUGUCACCCGUCUGGGCAAGAGUCUCAAACCGACUGGGCGUGAUGCGGUCGAACUGCAUGACAUUGUACGUACGUACGUGUGAUGUGAUAACACACAUAUAUAUUCUGGUUGGGGUGGGGGGCCAUGGCCAUGGUCUGGUCUGGUCUGGAUGCUCUGCUGACUUUCCAGAACUUGGGCUGGUGUGCCAGGAGCUGCUGGUGGUCUGCAGGGGGGCGGGACGAGGCAAUGUGAUACCUAUGGAGAGAACACACACACACACAUACACACAGGGAGGGAGGGAGAGAGAGAGACCGACUAAUGGGCCCACAGCUGCACAGCACGUUACACACACGCACGACGUCCGUAAGUACUGACUUGAGAGCGGCUACCCACAGCUGGACCUCGUCGUACGGCCCCUUGAGCUCAAACACACGGUCCACACCCUUUGGAUAAAUGCGGAAGCCCACCUCAGGCAGGUGAACCGUCAGUUUGCCCCGGCAACACUGCAUGGCAUGCAUGACUCAACACAUGACCUUAGACAGACAGUGGGGUGUGGGUGCUUACCAGGUCGGUGACGGGGGUGAUGCACUGUGUCCAGCCGGACUCUCGGAUCAGCUGGGGGCGGGGAGGGGGCUGCUGGGGAUCCCACAGACACUGCACACAUGAAUAAACAAACGAGCCAACACAGCAGACAGACAGACAGACAGACAGACUGCUUAUUUACACGAAGAGAGAUGGAUAGAGACAUACAUGUCGAUGUGAAUGUGCAAUGCAAUGCCAGGAUUUAAGCCAGUCAAUAAAUACAUAUGUGGUUGUAGGUAGGGUAGGUACCUACCUCAAUUUGCACUUGUAUGAGGUCGGAGUCUAGCGUGCCUCGUGGUUUCCUGUCGUAUUGGUGCCGGUAGUACGUCAGCUUCCUCUCACGAAGAACGAAGAACCGGGUCUGUCCGCCACACAUACACACAUACAUACAAGCAGUGUCAAAAGAAAUGUGUCAAUGAUCUGCAGAAUCUACGUGUACCGCCCACCCGAUGAGUGAGCUCUUCUUCUGAAGGAAGCCGCGCAUCUCUGUCAACUGCACUCAUCCAUCCAUCCAUCCAGGUACCAACACAAGAAGAAAACACGUACAUGACAUUGGUCAAGGCAAGCAGAACGGGGUUUAGAGGGAAGGAGGGAGGGAGGGAGGGAGUGUGUGCGUGCAUGUCCGUCCGUACGCUGCCCCUUCUUCUCUCCUUCGCAUCCAUGGUGAGGUGUAUGUCGGUGUCAGACAGUGGCUCGGGAGGCUGAGCCGCACUGACUCGGUGAGGAGGGUCACCUGCAGCCAGCAAUGGGCAAACGGACAUUGGCAAUGCUAUACACCAAGCACAGUGGGCAUGACCGUACCUGAUGGGGGUGUCUGUGGCUCUCCUGGCUCACCCUCGACAGCAGUGCUGCCCUCAUCAUCGCUCUCCGAGUCGCUCUCCUGCAUGGACACACACACACACGUAGCCUGCAUGUCUCUUACUCAGUCUCGCUGUCUGUCUGUCUGUCUGUCUGUCUGUCUGUCCUUACGGCAUAUUCCACAGGCUCGUCCCUCCCCCUCUGGUACACCACGGUAGCAGCAGCCCCACUCCCAGCCCCAGACCCAUGAUUCCCAACUCCCCCCUGCUGCGGAGAGGCGUCACUGCCAUUCACAUUGUCACGGACACUCCUGGAGGGAACGGGCUGCAGUGCAGCGGAGGGCGUGGUGUCUUUGAGGCGCUCGUAUGUUGGGCGGGAGGGGUUCUCUUUGUGCUGCAUUGGGGGAGCGGCUCUUGUUGCCGAUUGGGGGUGGGUAAAUGAAAUGCGUUUGUGAGUGGAUGAAACAAG